AUGGAUAACGGCUUGAGCGAUCCUGAAGAGGGAGAAAUUCCCAGCGAUGCCUUAGAAGAUGAUGAGGAUGACGUGUAUGAUGAAGAUUUGUACUGUGGCGAAGAGGAUCGUCAAAGACUGCUAAAAAUGAGCGAGAAGGAACGUGAAGAGGAACUGUACCGAAGAGCAGAAAGGCGUGAAGCCAUGCAGAUUCGGAAUGCCUUUAAGAGGAAGCUGAAAGAACAGAGGGAGAAGGAGAAGGUCGAUAAGGGCAGUCGGUCAAGUGCGACGUCAGAAAAGCGACCGUCCGAGAGCGCUAAAACCAAAAAGCCUUCCACUUACGCGGACAUCUACAGUUCCGAUAGUGAAGAUGAAGAAAGCUUUUUGAGUGAUGCAUCCCUCAAGGUUGGACUUCGUGACCGGAAGAGCGCGAUGGCUAAACAGAAGGAACUCGUGAAGGGUUGCUUUGCGCGGAUCAAUAUCGGUCUCAGUCAAGGUGUGCCUGUCUACCGAUGCGGCGAAAUAGUUGAUGUUGUUGAAACUCCGAAGACGAUGGUUGGAGGUGUUAGCCUGCCAUACUUUACUCAGACCUAUCUGAACUCUCUUCAUUUAAGGACAAACAAAGGAAUCGUUCUUCGGGUUGGGAAGGAUCAGCACACCUUCCGACUGGCCUUUGUCUCUAAUGGAGAAUUUUUGCCCGCCGAAUUUGAGAGCUGGCUCCGACACACAAAUGAGGCCGGUCUUCGUCCCCCUACUCUCGCGUAUGUUAACAAGAAGCAUGCUGAAAUUCAAAAAGCCAUCAACACCAUCAUCAGCGAUGAACGUGUUUUCGAACAGAUAAUUCAGUCGAAAAGGCGAUUCCAAAAAGCACCAACUAACUUUGCCCUGCGCAAAGCGGAACUAUUAAAGCAACGCGAGCUCGCCGAUGAAGAAGGCGACACAGAAACCGUACGCCGUGUCAAUCUCGAACUGGAUGAGCUGGAAACCCAGGCAGAAAAGAUUGAACGGAAAAGAACUAUCGGUUUCAAAUCAAUCACUUCAAUUAAUCAGCGUAAUCGUGAGUUAAGUGUAAAGCAGGCGGAAGAGGCUAUCAUAAAGGAGUCUCAAGAGGCGGCUCUCUCUCGUGAGGAUGAUCCAUUCACUCGCAUCCAAUCAACACCGGUGAUUGUGACCAAGAGUUACCUGGAAAAACUCCGCAACAAAAGAGUG